AAACAAUAAUCAAUCAUCUCCGUUAAAAUAGCCUCAAAACCUAAUCUUUUUUUUCACUUUCUUUGCCAUUCAUUCCUAUCAUGCUUUCUCCAUUUUCUGCCCACCAUGAACAAGCAUCCCAGGUGGUGGUGAAGUUGUUCUAUCACCGUAGAAAGUGAUUUUCACAGUCAUACAUCAUUUUCUGCACAUGUCUUUUUUUAUGUAGGAUGGUAUUGAGCCUGCAAUACAUAGGGUCUGCUAGAUUAAUGCUGUUAUGGCUUUUGAAGAUGGUUCCAAAAAGGAGAUACAGAAAGUUGGUCUUGAAAUCUCCAACCGUUUUCCUCUUACAAGGACUACUCUUGCAUCUAUGGAGUCCUUGUCUUUGCCAGUGGUUCAGGAAGUUGUUCUUUCUGCUGAUAUGCAAUGUGAGAAGUGCCAGAAGAGGGUAGCUGAUAUUAUUGCUAAAAUGAAUGAAACGGAGUCAGUGGUGGUGAAUGUGUUGGAAAAAAAGGUGGUGCUUACUUUUAGAUUAACAACUAUUGGUAAAGUAGUCUCUCAACAAAUUACUCCUCUCCCUAAAGUUGCAAUUAUCAAAAGGAUAUUUCGUUUUUCACGGAGCUAAGUAUCGCUUUCAAGAGACCCACAUGAGCAUAAGAUUUUUGUAAUUUGAUUUCCCCAUGUACAGCAAAAAUUUACUGCAUUUAUGAUUGAAUUUCUUUUGUAAUUGCCUCUCACUGAAUCAGCCUUGUUGAGAUACGGACAUUCCAAGUGA